UUUUACUAUGAUUUACCCACUUCAGAUAUAUUUGUUGUCAAUGUAAGCCUCAUGAACACACUUGUGAAAGGUUUGUUUAUACAUUAUUCGUUAGUACCGCCAUCUAAUGUGUGAUAGGAUAACUAAUUUGAACAAAGAUGGAAGAUCCACUUAGCUGUUUUUGACAUCCAGAAACAUCGUUGGUAUUGAUUUUUCAAUAUGGCAAACAAGAAAUACAACAUGGAGCAGGAUGCCAAUGUCCUUUUAGAAAUGUUAACUACAGGGGAAGUGUCAGAUUUAGAGUUAUCUUCAGAUGAAGAAACAUUUAUUGAAGACAAAUCUACCUGUGCUUCACAUAAACAACCAGUGCGAGUAGGAGCUGACAAGAUCAACAGGGCAGAGACUGAUGAACAAGAAAUAUCAAGUGGAGAAAAUGAUAAUUAUAAUGAUAAUGAUAAUGUUGACUCUGAUGAAGUUAAUUACAGUGAAACUGACGAAAUAAAAUACUCCCUAACUAAAAAAAAAGAUAUCAAGUGGCGUCAUCGCCCAAUUUCGGUGGGGGAUUUUUAUUCUGAAUGGGAACCAGAUGACUUAGACAAAGAAUUAUUGGUUCCUUCGGCAUAUUUUGGCAAGUAUAUUCCAAAUAACCUCUUUGAUACAAUGGCUGAAAUGACAAAUAUAUAUGCAUUACAAAGUGGAAUGACUAGAAAUUUUAGAUCAACCACAUCUGCAGAACUCAAAACAUUGUUUGGGCUUCAUAUAAUUAUGGGAACUCUAAAAUUUCCCAGAGUUCGAAUGUAUUGGGACACAUCACUGAAUAUGCAAUUAUUCUUGGAUAGUAUGACUAGAGACAGAUUCUUUCAACUGAGAACAAAUUUGCAUCUUGUAGACAACAUGAGAAUUCCGGCUGAUAAUAAAGACAAAUUCUAUAAAGUUCGACCUAUAUACACUGCUCUACGCAACAGAUGUCUGGAGUUACCUGUGGAGGAACAGCUAGCAGUUGAUGAGGCAAUGAUUCCAUUUACAGGACAGCUCUCUGUGAAGCAAUAUAUAAAGGGUAAGCCAACUCCAUGGGGAAUAAAAAUGUAUAUGCUGUGUGGUAAGAGUGGACAAACUUAUGACUUUAUUCUCUAUCAGGGAGCAUCCACUGAAUUUCAGAAAUCUUUGUUGAAAACUUUUGGACAAGGACCAACUGUAGUUCUACAGUUUGUUGAGAGAAUUAAACAGAAAAAGGGUCAUAAAAUAUUUUUUGACAAUUUCUUUUCUUCUUACAACCUAUUUCAAGCAUUGAAACAAGACAACAUAUGUGCUGCUGGAACUGUCAGAAUUAACCGGUUUGCUAAUCCUCCUCUAAUUUCGGACAAGGAAGCUCUGAAGAAGGAAAGAGGAUUUUCUGAAGAAAUUUGCAGCACAGAUAACAUAACACUGGUAAAAUGGGUUGACAACAAAUCAGUUGUUUUUGCUUCCAAUUUCAUUGGAAAAGGAAAAUCUGACAAAGUUGAACGCUGGGAAAAGAAAGAAAAAAAGUAUAUCAGCAUUGAUCGGCCAGAAGUCGUGAAACUCUACAACCACUCUAUGGGUGGUGUAGAUCUUUUUGACCAAUUGAUAAGUUAUUACAGGAUUUUUAUAAAAUCUAAGAAGUGGACACUGCGAGCAAUUUUCCAUGCUGUAGAUUUUGCAGUUGUACAGAGUUGGUUGGAAUACAGAACAAGUGCCAAAGCCAUUGGUGUACAACAGAAUAAAAUAAUGGAUCUCCUGCAUUUUCGUAUGAGACUGGCUUAUGUCCUGGUUAUGAGUGGUAAGGAAAUUUCCAGCAGAAAAAGAGGUCGACCAUCUGCCACAUCUCCAGAGACUUCUAAUCAAAGACGACGAGGAGAAACCAGACCUCCUGAAGAAAUUCAGUUUGAUGGAAUUGAUCAUAUGCCUCUUCACGAAAACGCUGCUUUGCCUAGCAGAUGCAAAUUUCCAAAGUGCAAAGGACGUUCUCGAGUAAAAUGUGAAAAAUGUGGGGUUCACCUUUGUUUAUCAAAGGAAAAAAAUUGCUUUCGUGCAUUCCAUGUAAAGUAACUGUGUUUAUUAUUUCUAACAGAUUACAAUAUAAACUCAAAAGCAUAGUUAAUAUUGUGUAUGUGUGAAUUAGUUGUAUUGAUUAUAAUAAAAAGUUCACAAUUUACGAUAUUGUGUAAAAAUAUUAUUCUGUAUGUUUAUGAUUUCAAUGUGAUUCAAUAUAGGUCGUG